AUGAUAAUGGCACAACAUGGACCGGAGCGUCGUCUUUCAUAUCCAGUUUGUGGAAUUAUGGAGAGACAGCGGCUAAUAAGGUCUACUGACUUAAUGGACCGUGCCAGGUUCGUCAGGAUGUGGGUGAGUGGGAAAACAACACGAGCCAUCGCACGAGAAACAGGCAGCAGCAUCACAACAGUGAGCAGGUGGAUACGCAGGUGGAAGUCAGAAGGCAACGUGAAUGCAAGACCUCGCAGUGGCAGACCCAGGAAUAGCAAAUUACGAAAAAUUAAAGACCUUAACAAACUAAUUACUUCUGGGAAAAGUCCUGAUGUGUAUUCACUGACAUCACCGGAGACAAACUCUCCUCUGGUUUCUUACUGUGAUUCGAUGUCAUUUUCUAACUAUUCUACUCCUUUAGGCUUGAUUUUCAACCAAUAUUCAACUCUACAAGAAAUUUUACACAAAUAUUAUUUAGGAAACCAGCGCCAGACUCUGAGGUUAGCUAACGAUGCCGUAGAGGCUGUCAUGUCAGAGGCAAUUCAGAGUGGCUCCUCAGUCCUGCUCUUCACAGAUGGUAACAUCUCAGCUUCUGAUGUCUUCAGGGAAGGAAAGAGAUUAUUUUAUGAACGUUGCAUCGUAAUUUAUUUAUUUAUUUUUGAAAAGGUGAAGGAGCAGCUGUGGUCUUCGUGGGGAGUGGCAGUGUUCGACGUGACAGGGAACGACCACAACGCUAACGUGACGCAGGCGAAGAUCUGCGAGGUGGUCGAGCAAGCACGUCAGCUGCGACAGGUGUCAUGGCUCUUGACAGUGAUAGUUGUCAGUGACGACGCAGCCUUCCUCGCCGCCUUUGCUGAGUGUUCCCUCAAGGGCCGCCUCCUGGUGUGGUCGACGAGGCUCCUCGCCCUCACUCGCCUGCCCCUCCUACAGCUGCACCAACUCCACACGCUGCUGUCCACUAGGAACGCUCUAUUACUCAUUGUGAAUGAGUACUCGGGAACAUUAAGGUGCAACAUGUACAUAUUCUUACCAUAUACGGCCCAGGAUAGCCAGCCACUACGGGUUGCCUGGUGGACUCCACAUCACGGCCUUACUCUUACCUUAAAUCUUCCGCUCUUCCCUGACAAGUUCUUCAAGUUUUUACAGUCUCCAAGGCUCGUAGUUGCAGUGGUUCCCAUGGAAGUUCACAAUGCUCUGUUGACCGUAGAUCCCACAGCUCCUGAAGGCCAGAGAAUCACCUACAUUGGACACAUAGACAAGACGGUGAAAUACCUUGGAAGUGGCCUUAAUUUUACGUACCGUAACUCUCCCAGUAACAAGGAGCACCUUGGUGACUGUUACUACCCAAGGUAUUGUAACUCUUCCAGUAGCAAGGAGCACCUUGGUGACUGUUAUUACCCAAGGUAUUGUAACUCUUCCAGAAGCAAGGAGCACCUUGGUGACUGUUACUACCCAAGGUAUUGUAACUCUUCCAGUAGCAAGGAGCACCUUGGUGACUGUUAUUACCCAAGAAGCAAGGAGCACCUUGGUGACUGUUACUACCCAAGGUAUUGUAACUCUUCCAGUAGCAAGGAGCACCUUGGUGUCUGUGUUACUACCCAAGGUAUUGUAACUUCCAGUAGCAAGGAGCACCUUGGUGACUGUGUUACUACCCAAGGUAUUGUAACUCUUCCAGAAGCUAGGAGCACCUUGGUGACUGUUACUACCCAAGAAUUGUUUGACUCCUUGAAGGAGGCAGAUAUCUCCAUAGGUCCCUUCAGUCAAACGGCCACUCGAACUGAGGCAGUAGACUUCGCGUGGCCGCUGUGGAUGGAUAGCUCAGGAAUCGUGGCUGCUCUUGGACGCCCCGAGGUUGAUCCCUGGGGCUUCGUACUGCCCCUGAGGCCGCUUGUGUGGGUAGCUAUCCUAACGGCGAUGUUGGUGAUGCCUUCUGUAAUAUACCUGUAUUCCUCAUGCGUAUCUACCACAAUUUAUGAAAGGAACAGCUGGAUGUCACUUACCUAUGGAUUCAUUCGCAUUUUGUUGCAACAGGAUUUCAGUGCACGUCCUGGCCUCUGGUGGAAGCGAAUGUUGUUGGCUGUGUGGAUGAUGGUGACACUGGUGUUGACACGGAGCUACGCUGGUAACCUUAUGGCUCUCCUGGCUGUGAGAUACAUCCCUCAGCCUUAUCAGUCUCUCCAGGAUGUGGUCGACGACCAGCAGUCUGUAAUGAUUUGGCAAAGCCAGUCAGUCAACACUGAGCAACUGCGUGAAAUUAAAGUUGGUAUUCUGUAUGAGGUCUCUAAGCUAGCAGAUGAAGGACGGAUACUGUACCGUAACUUAGAGGAAUUUCCUAACCUCGCAGACACCGUAGUGAGGAAGGGCCAUUAUGUACUCUUUGGAAUUGGCAUUUUACUUAGGAACUUACAAGCCAGACUCUUCACUCGAACAGGUCGCUGUGAUUUUUACUCGUCUAGCGAAAGAAUUCUUCCAUUCGCGGCUUCCAUUGUCAGCCAAAAAGAUAAUCCCAUAGUUCCCGCAAUGCAGAACAGAAUCUUGGCUCUGACAGAAUCUGGGAUAUAUGAGCGAUGGUACAAGACGAACAUCCCCAAUUCAACUGUCUGUCUUCAGCCACCAAAGAAAUAUACCGUCCAGUCACCUCUGUCUUUAACGAAUCUUUGGGGGAUGUUUCUGAUACUGAUUGGAGGAAGUGGUAUUUGUGUACUGGUAUUCGGCGCUGAGAUACUAAGUGCUUGUGUUCCUCAGACUUGGGAGGGGUUCCCUAUGUGCGGCACCACAUCAUCAUAA